GUGAGGUCCAGAACCAUGGAGACCACAGGAGAUAUCUGGAGUCCUGCCUGGCUAUUGCAACCUUGUUUGUCGCCUGACCUUCUGCAAGCUACCUUCCUUCCCUGGGCUUCAUUUUCCCUCCCUGCUAAGCCCCCCUUCAUCUUUACCUUGAAAACCUCUCUCUACCCCAUCUCUGCAGUUCAGAGAACCCAGGCAUCCAGCCACCCAACCCUGGCCCCAGCGCUGGGUAAACAGGAAGCCAGUGAGGGGAGAAAGGGUGUUCGGAAAGUCCCGGGCAGGGGGCAGGUGUGUGGGUCUACAGGGAGGGGUGGCCCUACCCCUAAGGUUGAGAAGAUUAUUGGCUUGGGAGCACAGGCUCAGAAAAGACUGGAUGACAACAAACCGUCCUCUUGCGUCGUCUUGCCCUCACCCUCCAGUCUCUCAGACACUCCGGACCCCCGUCUGCAUCCGCGGAGAUCCCAUGCUUCCAGGGAUCUAGGCUCCACACCCCAGGGCCCUGUUGCACAGUUCUCACAGGAGGCAUAUGCGUGGGUGACCACCCUGUCUCCAGCUGUGGAUUCUACACCAGAUCCAGGGGUUCAACAGCUGCCAAAGCGGGAACCAGAAACUGACCUCAGCCCCGAGCUUCCUGCAGCCCACCUCAUAGGCGCCUGGAUGAGCGGGCAAGGGCUCAGCUGGGAGGCGAGCCAAGAAGAAGCGUUUCUGAAGAGCGGCGCGCAGUUCUCCCCCACCCACGGGCUGGCGCUGCCGCAGGACGGCGUCUAUUACCUCUACUGCCAUGUCGGGUACCGAGGCAGGGCGCCCCCUGCCGGCCGAAGCCGCGCUCGCUCACUCACUCUGCGCAGCGCCCUAUACCGCGCGGGGGGCGCCUACGGGCGGGGUUCCCCCGAGCUGCUGCUGGAGGGCGUGGAGACCGUGACCCCUGUCGUGGACCCCAUCGGGUACGGGUCUUUAUGGUACACAAGCGUGGGGUUCGGCGGCCUGGCGCAGCUCCGGAGCGGCGAGAGGGUCUACGUCAACAUCAGUCACCCCGAUAUGGUGGACUAUAGAAGAGGGAAGACCUUCUUCGGGGCGGUGAUGGUGGGGUGACGGCCAUCUGCAUUCCUGCAGGAUUGACUGACGGAUGCGAAUAUGUGAAUCGUGAUGUCCAGAGAGUCGGGAAGCCCGGGACUCCCACAGUCCCGAGCGGAGGGGGCGUGGCGGGGGGGGAAAUGUAGGACACGAAUUUUGAAAAUAAAGAAUGUAAACUAUGCUGGCUCGUGCCAGUGUCUUCGCGGAAA